CCCGACUCGAUCCACUGUGAUCACCGACAUUCUAACCAAUGGCGCUGAUUUCACGAUCGAUUGCGCGCGAUAAUCUAGCAGUUUCUCAGAUCAGACACUUAUUACAAGCCCUAACCCCCUCGAAUUUCGUUUUACUAGUCAGAUCAAAUCCUAAAUCGGAUAUCUUCUUUGUCAAAUGAUAUGAUUGCGGUCUCCGUCAAGCCAUUGUUCAUCGCCAUCUUCACUCUCUCUCUCUUCCUUGCCGGCAUUUUGCUCUCUCCUUCGACGCCGUUUUCUUCGAGCCUGGUGUCCUCUUCAUCUUCAUCCAAACGGAAAUUGGAUAUAUGGAGUGUUAGAAGGAUUGUGGAAUGGAGGCCUUGCAGGUGGUGGCUUCAAGGACACCUUACUGCUCUACCAGCAGAGAGUAAUGGGUAUAUCCGUGUGGAUUGCUAUGGUGGCCUCAAUCAGAUGAGACGAGAUUUCUGUGAUGGUGUUGGCAUUGCCCGUUUGUUAAAUGCAACAUUGGUGUUGCCAAAGUUUGAAGCUGCUGCAUAUUGGAAUGAAUCAAGUGGCUUUGCAGAUGUAUUUGAUGUUGAUUACUUCAUUCAACAUAUAAAUGGCUUUGUUAAAGUUGUUAAAGAAUUGCCCCUAGAUAUUGCAUCAAAAGAACCUUUUCAGGUAGACUGCAGCAAACGCAAAGGCCAAUUUGAUUACAUUGAAAGUGUUCUUCCAUCCCUACUGGAACACCGUUACAUUUCAAUUACACCAGCAAUGAGCCAAAGAAGGGACAGGUAUCCAAAAUAUGCAAAAGCUGCACUUUGUCAAGCUUGUUACAGUGCAUUACGCCUUACAAGAUCCUUGGAAAAGAAAGCUUCAGAACUGCUUGAAGCUAUACCGAAACCCUUCCUCUCACUUCACCUUCGGUUUGAACCUGAUAUGGUGGCGUACAGUCAAUGUGAAUACUCAGGCCUUUCUAUUGCCUCCACGGAAGCCAUUGAAGCUGCAAGGGGAGACAGAAAACCAUGGACUGGGGAGUUGGCUCGUAUUUGGAGAAAACGGGGAAAGUGUCCCUUAACGCCUAAUGAGACUGCCAUCAUACUUAAGGCACUUUCUAUUCCUACAAACACAAGUAUAUAUCUUGCAGCUGGGGAUGGCCUAAUGGAAAUUGAAGGGUUAACAUCUGUAUACACCAAUGUUUAUAAAAAGUCUGCCCUUCUUAGUGGUGAGGAUUUCACAAGCAUGCAUGGGAACACAAAAGCUGCAUUGGAUUAUUAUGUAUCUAUCAAUAGCGAUUCGUACAUGGCUACAUACUUUGGUAACAUGGAUAAGAUGGUAGCUGCCAUGCGAGCUUAUAAGGGGCUGUAUAAAACCCUAUUCUUAAGUAGAAGAGCUUUCGCAGAGCUCACUUUUCAGGGCUUGAAAGGGAAGGAGUUGAUGCAAGCCUUAUGGACAGCUCAUAAAGAAGACUUUGUCAUGGGAAGAGGGUCUGCUUUGCCGGACUGCUUUUGUGAAUUUAAAUUUUAACUUCAUCAAUAUUUUCUCCUGUCCUGGUUUAAUGAGAUUGUUUUUUAUCUGAUAUUAUGCUUGUUGCCGAUCCCAUUUGGAAGGUCUGAUCGACUGCUAGCUGGUAACCAUUUUGAAGUUCUUGGAAAUUGAUUAAAACACGAAAUUAUCGAUUGCUUAUUUUAA